AUGACUACUACAAGCGCAAAAGGUGGUUCGGCGAAAGCCAACAAAAAAGUGGUUCAGAAACAAAAAUAUAUAAUUGACGCUUCGGGUCCUUCCCGAGACAAAAUUUUUGACUCUUCGGCUUUUGAAAAAUUCCUUCAUGAUAGAGUAAAAAUUAAUGGUCGUGUGGGCCAAUUAGGAGAGGUGGUUACUAUAACUCGCAGCGAUGAUCACAAGAUUACAGUUACAACCAAUAGUCAUGUUUUUUCUAAACGAUACAUGAAAUAUCUUACCAAGAAAUUCAUGAAAAAGCAUCGUAUUCGAGAUUGGUUACGUGUUGUUGCUACAGAUCCGGUAAGUUAA